AUGCCUCGCAACAAAGGCCUCGGCCGAACGGGCAAGAAGCAUAAGAAAUCAGCCAACGACAACAUCCACAGGCAGCCCAAGGCGACCACCGAGCCCACGGUCGCCACCGAGGCGCCGGAGCCGCCCGCCGCGCCCGACACCUCGCCGGAAAUGGAGGUCGAGCCGGCAGCGCCCGACGCGCAGGCGCUCGCGACAGGAGGCUGGGCGGCGGAGAUGGACGACUGGGCGAGCCAAAAGCUGUACCGGCGACCUGACGGCGGUUCAACGAGGCACGCCGAGUCGAACUCGUGCUUUGAUCGCACUGACGACUGCGACGUCACGCGCCGCGCUGGCGGCCACGUCAUCUCGAAGCCGACAGAGCCGCUGCCCGAGUACAAUGCAGCGACGAUGACGUACUCCUUCAAGUCGGACUUCACGGCCUCGGAUCACCUCAAGGGCCACACCGGCGGCGCUUUCAAGCAGAGGGAAAAUCCACCAAACACCGAGUUCCGUCGCUUUUACGAGCGUGGCGACCUGCCCAUUCAAGUCGAGCAUCGCGGAUGCCACAACCGCGUCGGAUGGAAGGUUGACAUCGAGAAGCUGGACUACCACCACUACCUGCCCAUCUUCUUCGACGGGAUGCGUGAGAAGGAGGAGCCGUACCGCUUCCUGUCGAUUCAGGGCAUCUUUGACCUCUUGGAGCACGGUGCGCGCCUGUCAAUGGGCAGAGGCGCAGAAACGCUUUUCAUUGCACCCUGCUCCGUGCAGGUCAUUUGCACCACCCUCAAGGUGCUGCAGCAGAUGGUGGUGUCGGGCGAGAUGAUUGGCGAGGCGCUGGUGCCGUACUACCGCCAGAUCCUGCCCAUCUUCAACCUGUUCAAGAGCGACAACAAGAACCUUGGCGACGGCAUCGACUACGCUCAGAUCAAGCGAAAGACGCUCGGAGACCUCAUCACGGAGACGCUCGAGCUGUUUGAGCUGCAUGGCGGCGAGGACGCCUUCAUCAACAUCAAGUACAUGAUUCCCACCUACGAGUCGUGCGUGCUGAAUUGA